AAAGACUGCAUUGGGGGAAGCAAACGGGGAAUUGCUUACCGAGAAUACAUGCAAAUAUCGCGUUACUGUGAGGUCGAAGUAAGGAGAUUAAUCCCGGAGAAGAGCGAGCGAGGGGCUGGAAACGGAGCACCAAUCCCGGAUGGCUAGGCGCGGCUGCUCGCGCUCUCUCCCACCCUGACCCGGGAGAGACACACAAGGACGGUGGGGAGGCUCAGGGGCUUCACACUUAACCCCACCGGAGCCUUUUAUCCCGCUUUCCCCUCACCCCACAGCCGCUUGAUAUCCCGGCCUGCUUCCGCCAAAAAGGGAAUCUUGUCUUGCGCACGGGACCGACAGUAAACAAACAAGGCAGACACUCGGGUGGGAGAGUGUUCAGCAGGCGACCUCUGAAGGGUGUGAGUCUGCGUUUUUCACUCCAUUAGGGAUCCAUCAGCUGUAUUGACAACGCGUGUGUGUGUGUGUUUGUGUGUGUUUGUGUGUGUGUGUUCAGCUAUGGCUGUACAAGACUGAGAGUCCAAGGAGCCAGCUGCAUUAUGGGAUGUAGCAGGACUGUGCAGUGACCCCCGCUUAUUGGAAGGAAACGCUCUGUGUACAGGAGCAGGAACAGGCAGACUAGCCUAAACACACGCGCACAUUCAUCCUUGUACACACACGCGCGCGCGCGCACACACACACACACACAUCCCAGGACCCCUGCAGCCAUGCCUGUGUUCAGCGGCCUGUUGAAGGUGCGAGUGUGUGAGGCGGUUGAUUUGAAGCCCACCCCGUGGGCUCUGCGUCAUGCCGUUGGGAAGAGCGGCUCCUUUUUGCUGGACCCUUACCUGGCUUUGAAUCUUGACCAAACCCGGCUCGGUCAGACCGCCACCAGGACCAAGACCAACAGCCCCGCCUGGCACCAGGAGUUCUGCACCGAGGUCCGCGAGGGACGGAGCCUGGAGCUGUCUGUGUUCCACGAUGCACCCAUCGGAUAUGAUGACUUUGUGGCCAACUGCACCAUCCAGCUGGAGGACCUGCUGCAGAACGGGACCAGACACUAUGAAGACUGGAUUGACUUGGAGCCAGAGGGGAAGGUGUACGUGGUCAUUGAUCUGUCUGGAUCCUCCACUGAAGCUUCAGGAACCAAUGACAAUGAGGAGCGAGUGUUUCGAGAAAGGAUCGGUCCUCGCCGGCGACAGGGCGCCGUCCGAAGACGCGUCCAUCAAGUCAAUGGACACAAGUUCAUGGCCACCUACCUGAGACAACCCACCUACUGCUCACACUGCAGAGAUUUUAUCUGGGGCGUGCUGGGGAAGCAGGGAUACCAGUGUCAGGUGUGUACGUGUGUCGUCCACAAGCGCUGCCAUGAGCUCAUCAUCACCAAGUGUGCCGGGAUGAAGAAGCAGGAGGACACACCGGACGAGGUGGGUUCACAGCGGUUCAGUGUUAACAUGCCUCAUAAGUUCAGUAUCCACAACUACAAGGUCCCAACCUUCUGCGACCACUGCGGCUCACUGCUGUGGGGCCUAAUGAGGCAGGGCCUUCAGUGCAAAGUUUGUAAGAUGAAUGUGCACAGGCGGUGUGAGACCAAUGUAGCUCCUAACUGUGGUGUGGACGCCCGAGGUAUCGCUAAGGUCCUGUCUGACCUUGGAGUCACACCUGACAAGAUCUCCAACACCGCACAGCGCAGGAGGAAGUUGACUCCGGGGCUGGACCCUCCUCAGUCUCCUCCUGAGCUCACUCAGACUGAGGACAACAGCUUCAGCCAGCCAGCUGUCCCCACCUCCCCCUCACAGCAGGACUUGGCAGAGCUAGACCGCCUGCAGCACGCGCUGUCGCUCGACCAGCAGGGACAGCAGCACUCCUCCUCUUCCUCCUCCUCCACCACCUCCUCUACCUCCACGAUCUCCUCCUCGGUGAGCAGGGAGAACGGACAAAUGCAGAGGAGGAGCCUGAAGGACUUCAACUUCAUCAAGGUUCUCGGAAAAGGCAGCUUCGGCAAGGUGAUGCUGGCGGAGCUGAAGGGGACGGAGGAGGUUUACGCCGUCAAAGUUUUAAAGAAAGAUGUGAUCCUGCAGGACGACGACGUGGACUGCACCAUGACCGAGAAACGCAUCCUGGCCCUCGCCCGCAGACACCCCUACCUCACCCAGCUCUACUGCUGCUUCCAGACACGCGACCGUUUGUUUUUUGUAAUGGAAUAUGUGAAUGGAGGAGACCUGAUGUUCCAGAUUCAGCGAUCCAGGAAGUUUGAUGAGUCUCGCUCUCGUUUUUACGCUGCCGAGGUCACCUCAGCCCUCAUGUUCCUGCAUCGUAACGGCGUCAUCUACAGGGACCUGAAACUGGAUAACAUCCUGUUGGACGCAGAGGGACACUGUAAGCUGGCAGACUUCGGCAUGUGCAAAGAGGGCAUCAUGAACGGAGUGACCACCACCACCUUCUGCGGCACACCCGACUACAUCGCCCCCGAGAUCCUGCAGGAGCUGGAGUACGGAGCCUCUGUGGACUGGUGGGCCCUCGGGGUGCUGAUGUACGAGAUGAUGGCCGGGCAGCCUCCGUUUGAAGCCGACAACGAAGACGACUUGUUCGAGUCGAUUCUCCACGACGACGUCCUCUACCCCGUGUGGCUCAGCAAAGAAGCUGUUUCUAUCCUCAGAGCGUUCAUGACCAAGAACCCGGCCAAGCGUCUGGGCUGCGUGGUGAGCCAGGGCUGCGAGGAGGCCAUCAAGACCCACGCCUUCUUCAGAGAGAUCGACUGGGUGCUGCUGGAGCAGAGGAAAGUCAAACCGCCCUUCAAACCCAGGAUUAAGACCAAGCGGGACGUGAAUAACUUCGACCAGGACUUCACCAAGGAGGACCCGGUGCUUACGCCCACAGACGAGGCCAUUAUCCGACAGAUCAACCAGGAGGAGUUCAAAGACUUCUCCUACUGCGCUCCCGAAGAGACGCACACCUAACACACACACACACACACACGCUGAAAUACACACACACUUAUCCGACAACACUAAACCUGGCACACACACACACACACACACGUACGCACACUUAGCUGAAACUCAUACAUUCAAACACACGCACACAAACACUCCUUUACUUUGAAGCUAUUGGUUGUUGUUACUUUUUGAAUAUUCUUUACUUGCAUUGUGUUGUUCUUGUUGCCUGGGUUUAUUAUAAUUAUUAUUAUUAUGAAUAUAAAUAUGAAUAUGACUAUGAAUAAGAAUAUACACACCUGCACAUGCUUAAACACACAUCUCCUCUGUGCACACUUUUAAUGCAGACUUACACACUACAAUCUACUCACACACACCUACGAGCUCACUGCACAUGCUCAGACAACCAAAUACACACAAUCACACACACACACACACACACAUUGCUUCUCUCCCCAGCACACACACAUGGACUGUACGGUGUGUGCUGGGUGCAGAGGCCUGUAUAUAGCCUGUGUUGAGUGGCUGUGUUGUGUUGCUAUCGUGUGCUAGUAAAGGAGAGUGGUGGCGCAUGGACAAGCACCCUACCUGUGUUAUUACUGUCCUUAUCGUGGACCAGUUAGGGCCAAAUACCCUUUGUGCAAUACCCUGACUAUCUAUAUAUUUUACAGUUUUUUUGUUUAUGUGUAAUUUGUGUCUUUUUGUUUUGUUUUUUCCUCCUCAAAAAAUGUGUUUAAUGAUCGAAAUAUUUGCUCUCAUCUUCCAGCACAAUCCCCCCCUUCCCUCCCCCCCUCCCCUCCCUCCUGUCUUUGUGCGCAUAAAGUGAAUGUCGAGCUCACACGUUACAGGCUAUUGAACUAAUUAUGUGGAGCAGAGUGUUACAGGCAGCCUGUGUAGCAGUUUAAAAAAAAAAAAAAAAAAAAAAACGUGAUUUUUUUUUUCCAGCUUUUUUUUCUCCCUCCCCAUCGAUCUGCUAGUUUCAGAGUCAGCCCUGCCGGCGUGAAUGUACAUUUUUGUAUGUGUGAUUUUUUUUUUUUUUGUCUCCCCUCUUUGUCAGCGUGAGUUUUUUGUCUUCAGCAUUUCAGUCAUUUUAGUUACCAUCAGUGUUUUGAGCCACCUCUCUUCCCCUCAAUUUUUUUUCUUCCUCCAAAGCACCAAGUCUCCUUCCUUCUCUUCCUCCUCCUCUUCCUCCUGCAGCAGCCGCCUCGCUCAGCCAAAAAAAAACACUCGCAAUCUUUUUCUCUUUUUUUUUUCAAGAAUGGCUUCUCUUUCUUAUGGCUAUCUUUUCUUUUUUUAUUAUAAAUAUAAUUGUUAUUGUAAAGUGUAUCUGGAGGAAACAUUUGUGUAAAAAACUAUAACUAUACUAUCAUAGGUCUGUUACAGCCGGGGGGCGGGGCGGGGGGGGGGGCGUAAAACGAAAAUGUGGAAAACCAGCAGCUGAAUUACCUCUCAUUUCAAACACAUACACGCACACGACAGCACAUACAGACUCCUCCUUCCACUUCUUCUUCCUCUCCCUCUCUCUCUCUUUCUCUCUGUUUCAUACACACACAUGCACACACAGAGAAGGACUGUUGUACUGUUCAGGGAUUUUGAAGGCGAGCUGGUUGCUGUGUGUGCAGUAGAGUCGGUGUGUAGUGAAGCUUUGUGCACCCAGGGGUUGGGCUGUUCCUGGUCACACUAUCUUACUCUGUGCCAAAAUGUAGUGCAACAGCCGGGCUAGUCCUGUCUGCUCUGAUUCCAAUAAAACACUGAGCUGUCUACAUCA